AUGGUUGCUUUCAGCCUGAUCCUUGUUGUUUCGUUGGUUGGAAAUUCUCUCAUCGUAUUAAUUGUUUACAAAAAACCAACUUUGAGAAAACCGAUAAAUAUGUUGAUCGCAAAUAUGGCCAUUUCCGACCUGCUCUAUCCAAUAUUCUGGGUUCCUGCUCGUCUGGCAGAAGGUCACGCUGGCUCGUGGCUUAUUGGUGGUACCCUUGGUCAGGCCUUGUGCAAAAUACAUGUUUUUCUUUCAGACGUUUCCUCGUUAGUAUCGAUUCAGAGCCUUGUUCUGAUAACAGUGGAUCGAUUUGUAGCUGUUGUAGUUCCACUCCGUUCCCCUCUCAUAAGUAGAAAGCUGUGUCUAUUCUUCAUUGUCGCUACGUGGAUCGUCGGAAUGGCCGUUCAUUCGCCAUAUCUUGUUGCUUUAAAACUUGUUAAAUGCCGAGAACGAUUGAGGUGCAAACUUCUGUGGCAGGAAGCCUUCGAAGGAAACACAUAUCCAAAUUACUUCCUAGCAUGUGCUAUCGUGUUUUUCUACAUUCCGUUUGUCCUCUUGGUGAUACUUUACUCCAUCAUCCUGAUCAAGCUUAAGAAACAAGCUCAUCCAGGUGAACACUCAGCCAACGCUGAGGAACAGAGGGCAAGAAGAAACAGAAACGCGCUUAAGAUGGCCACUGCUAUCGUGGUAGUGUUUUUCAUUUGCUGGAUACCCUUUCUUAGUAACGCGAUAAUAGACAAUUUCAGUGCACCAGACAGUCUUAUUUUUUCUUCUUGUAGUUUUUAUCGAUACUUUAAUGUCACCUUCUUUAUGGCUUACGCAAACUGUGCUAUUAACCCGAUUAUCUGCCUCAUUCUUAACAGUAACUACCGCCAAGCUCUUAAGAGACUUGUGAGUUGCUGUGCCGCCGAUGCAGCGGAAUAUUAACGUUUGAAGACUGAAAGCCGGGUCUGAAGAGAUUCAUUAAAAGAAAAAAAAAGAAGAAGACCAAUAACAACUAAUAUGUUAUGUAAAAUAACAGCGAAAUCACGAAAGAAAUGCAUGGGAAUUAUGUUUUCGGCUGCAAAGUAAUCUGGAGCACGCCCUAACCCUAACUCUAGGAAGGAUGGAAAAUGUUGUAUUGAACGCAUUUGCAACGUAUAAUUUUGCCGAAAAACGCCGAUCGAAGCCAGUAGAGCCGUUUUAUUAUUCUGUUCACUGAAACAGCUUCUGGAUGGUUUGCUGCAGAACCGGCAAGACAUCUAAAGAAAACGGUAUGAUAUUAGCAGAUCGACAUGCAAACUUUGAAACCUAAGUAAAGGAGCGCAGGUAGACAUAUUUCUACCACGAACCAAGACGAGGGACUUGAGCAUAGGUGAAAGAAGAGGCCAAUUAGAUACGGUCGUCCUACAUUGUAAAGAAAACUGAUGUGUCUGAGCUAAAGUGCCAUAGAGUAUACUCAGCUAAAGCGUUUAGAAAAAAAAUCAACAGUUACCGGUGGAAGUUAGUUGAUAACAACAAAGAAAGUCUUUCAACACAGAGAGGCAUACUAAAGUGUUCAGCCUACCCUUAGUUGUCAUCACCAGAAUCACCCCGAGCACCUGCCCAGUCACGUGCACCGGUGCCAUGUUACAAAUAUGGCGUGAACAAACAUUUUUCUUUCUUUUUGCGAAUAAUAACUAGGGGAUGUUGGAAAAAUGGACUGCGUGACUGUCACGCUGUGAAAGUAAACUUUGUUCCUUUUGAUCUAGUUACUUAGUGAUAAAUUGUAAUGACGUGAUGUAGGUUUAGGAUUUUGAAACUAUAAUCAUCUUUGUAGCAUGGACAUUAAAUUGUGAAGUGAUUCGAGUCUGUAGGUCGUUUUAACGUGAAUAUUUUCUGGAAAAUCUCUUGUGUUAGAAGCAAUCGGAAGAUUCCUGACAGUGCAACUUCAAGGGAGAAAAUUGUGGUAUACCCUGACGCCGAGUGAGAAAUUAGUAGAUUUUUCGCUGUUUGUGCGAGGAACAAUUUAAAGACUUUUUCCCCUGUUUCAGCUGUAGCAUUUUCUACGGAAUGCUUCAUUUCCCUCGUUUAUAUGUUGCCUAUAGUCACCGACGAAGUCCGCCAUGUUUUAAUUUGUUAUUGUGUAAAACUUAAUGACAUUAAGAAGUGACGUCAGUAUUCCGUUUUAUUCCAAAUAUUCUGCUCAGCUGAUCUGUAUUUGGAAUAUCUGUUCCACUUAGUUUAGAACUGGAGUAACAGCAUAGGCGUACGGGCCGGGGGGGCGAGGGGGGCUGCAGCCCCCCCCCAAAUUUUGGGCAACCCAGAUUUUUUGGGCAGCGAGAGAAAAUUUGGGCAAAGUCAGUUUUUAAAGACGUCACCAUGUUUAUUUAUUUAUUUUGAAGACCUGAAUAUUAACCUGAAGUCGGCGUAAUAAUCCAGUUACAUCACAGCGGUCGCCUAGCAUGUGAUGAGUAAUUUACAUAUUUGCAGUUUUUUCAUGGUUGGGCACUAUACUGCACUGCACUAGCUGGAAUGGGCUAUUUCCAGUCGUGAAUUGAUUAGAAUAAACUUUCGCAUAACUUUCUAGAAUCAUCUCCACUCGAAGAACAGUGUAUGGCAGAUAGCAUUAGCAGUGGGUAUGAAAAUGAAGAAGUCGCUGACUACUGAAUUCUCAGUUUGAAUUAGUAUAGGUAAUAGCAUGAUUUGUAGUGAUAUUUGGCAUAAAUACCACGAGUGAUAUUUCAAAAUUGUUAUACGUACCACUGCUCUAAGCCAAUCAAAUUGCAGAAAUUUCUCAUGUAGUAGUAUAACGAGAAGAAUCUUAAUUCUUUUAAAAAAUCUAUCGACCGGUUUAAAAUUAUUCGCUAAUUUGUUAAAGUAGACCGAAAUGUUUGCAAAACCGCUGACAAGAGUGCCUGGAUACGUACUAAUCAAAUCCUUCUUUCGAUUCUAGCAAUCAAGCAGGGCUAUCUCCACGACCUUUCACACAUGUUUUUAAAAAGAUUAAAACUACUAUGAGGUGAAAUUGCAUGUUAAAAGCGCUUCGUUUUCUACAGAUAACGGCCAGACAUCAAGAUUUUCCUUUUCUUACCGUAUUUUCAAUAAUAAAAACUUUUUCCAAAAUAUCUCGACCGUAUUGGAGGAAAAAAGCUCCUGUGAACGAUUUUGUAAGGUUCCCCGUGCCGAGAAUCAUUGCUGAAGCAAAAUAGGUAAUGGAGUCAUUUCGUUGCUAUGACAACUCCGAUGUCAUUGCAACCCUGAUGAUGAGAAAUUGUCAUCUUAAUACAACUGUGGUCGCAAUUUUUCCAAAUGUUUGUUUACGGCGACGUAUCGAGCCACCUUCAUAUGCCAGGACGGCCUAUGUUGUAGUAAUAUGGCCCUCAUUUCUUUUCGACUCUUUCGUAAAAAUUUGGGUAACUUGAAAGAUUUUUUUGAGCAAAUGGUUUACCGCCCCCCCUGGCAAAAAAUUUCCCGUACGCCUAUGAGUAACAGGUCAAUCGAACGGAUAUUCCGGAUCUUUCAAUUGCAUUCCUAUUGAGCUCAAACCAAGUUAGAAUCGCAUCGUGUUUCGGUUAUUUCUUAGAGCAUUAGAGACGUGUACCAUAAAUAAUAGUUAUCCGCUUUUGUAUAAAUCGUAUGAAAACUAGCUAGAGAGACGUGUAUCUCGUUGUUUAACAUUCUGACUUCAGCUGUCUUAGCGUUAGGCAUUAAGCCAUAAUGACCUUACAUCUUCUUUUGCAUGCUGAUUCUGAGAUGUGAAAGACGAAUAAAUUUCAAAUUAAUACAAAACGUCAAAGGUUUAGUGAACAAAAUUCUAUUUGUUUAGUCACUGGCAUGAGCUUCGCUCUAGUAUUUAUGACCUGUGUGUGUACCUUAUAUCGCGGCAAAUAUGACCUCUUUGUCACGGUAUUUUAUUAAUUUGACGUCUCCAUUAUUGCAAAAAGCCCAGUGAGGGCGAGUCGACGAGUCUUAGAGCUCCUAGGGAAUUAAUUUCAAGGGCGAAUUCUGCAGUUGUUGACUACAUUUAUUGAAAUGGAAAAAUAGCAGAAAACAUAAUGAAAGCCAAAUCAGUGCAGUAUAAACAGUGUAUACCUUCCUUUCUGUGAUCUUGGAUAAUGUAAACCGAAAAGAAAUAAUAUGCAAAAAUAAGAAAAGGAAAGUGUUCAAGAACGGGGCGAGAGAACCCCUGGGAUGCUACUCUAAAAGAACCAGUUCCACGACUUAUUCGAACGCUUGUCUGUGAUUGGGCAAAAAAAUAUUUUUUGUGCCCAAUCAGAAGCCAAGCAUGUAUUGUGCUGCCUUCGUAACCUUCUUACACGAAAGAGUUCACCUGCAAACUCGACUGUUUCCUCUCCGCCCCUGAAAAAAAUCAGUCUGGCUCGUGCGGGAGAGUUUCUUCGAGAAGAGGUUUCAGUGAAUUCAAAAUGAGCCCUUAAAGUCUACUCUACCAGUUUCAUUCGACCUUCUUGUAUCACUGAAGAGAAACAUUUAACAACAAAUUUACAAACUUUAAAGGCCGAAAAAAUGUCUCCUGCACGCGCCUGCAUGAGUAUGCCGAGCAGACGUAAACAAACACCCAGACGAUUUCGCACGAACAAGCCUAGAAGUACCCUGGUAUUUACGAAUUGACCUUCGAGCAGUCCACAGGCGGAUUUCUUCAAUUGUUGCAUUUUUCGUUUUAUUUUGGUUCGGUAACAUGCUAAAUUAUGGGGUAAGAUUUCCGUAUAACCCCAUACACUUAUUAUGCGUGCAUGUUUCCACUCUAUUCAUUUUCAUAAUUAUCAAGUAGAAUGAAAUUGCUACGUGCAUGAUAACUGUAUGAGUUUACACUGAAAUUUUACCAAUUAUGGCUUUUCAGUGGGGCCUAUUUUUACUGAAAAAAAUUCUCCAAGAAAGCUCUCCUGCAGGAGCCAAACAUGCACGGCCAACAGUCGAGUUUGCAGGUGAACAUUACAAGCCUCAGCGUUCCGGAAGUUAAAAAAUGCGGCGCGCCUGGUUGUUUUGAAGUGACGUAAUCAUCCAGUUGAGUAUCUGUCAUCUUAACACUUUUGCGGUCAACUACCGCAGAGCUCGUAAAGUACUUUAGGGACGGACCACUAGAAAAGUUAUGGGGGGGGGGGGGUGUACUUCGUCUGUCCCCCCCAUAAGUUUUCUAAUGGUGCGGCCCUUAAUUAAAAUCGUGUUCAAACCACUGUGGAGGAAGUCUGUUUAUAAUUGUGUCGAUAAAUGCACUUCUGACUUUCAUGAGGUUCAAUUUUGAAUGAAUUAUCAAAAUUUUUGUUAAGCGGUUCCCGGGAAAAGGAACUUUUAUAGUGGCGCAACACAAAUUUUUCGAAAGUCGAGGAGGUGCUGACAAACCAUUCACUAUAUCUAUGCGACUAAAGGAGGGUACAAGGUAUAUAACACGUUUAGCAUUUCGACCCAUAGCCGAAAAAAAUAAAUUAGACAGUUGCCCUAUGUCCUUUCUGGUUUAUCUAGGUAGAAGUCCUGGCAUAUAAUUAUGCCCGAGCGCUUCUAGGAUAUAAAACACGUUUAGCAUUUCGACGCGAAAAAAAAAAACAAUUGAAAGCUGUUCCAUAUCCUCUCUGGUUCAUCCAGGUAGAACUAGUCCUUGCAUGUUAUUCAUGCCUGACCGCUUCCAGGAUAUAUAACACGUUUAGCAUUUCGACCUGUAGAACAAAAAUUAGGCAGUUUUUCGACAUCCUUUCUGGUUCAUCCAGGUAGAAGUCCUUGCAUGAUAUUAUUAUGCCUGAUUGCUUCUAGGAUAUAUAACAUGUUAAGCAUUUCUUACCACACUUUCAUCCUCGUCGAUAAAACACAAGUUAUAGUCAAAUUAAGAGGCCGCUUUGAAUCGAUACGAUUUCAUUUGCAUUUCUCCAAAUUGUAGAGGGACUGAAUAUUAGUUUGAAGAGUGCUUUGAACUGUAGUACAUGUUUAAUCAACAUAAACGAGAAGUGAUCUAAAAGCUGAAGGAGAAGUUUGUAUUUCUAAAUUUUUUCCUGACAUCAAGUUAGGGGCCGAAGAUUUAGGGAGAAAAAAGGGGGGAUUAAAAAAAGAAUGCAGACUCUCAGUAUGUCAGGGAAAAAGAAAAAAAUCUAUCGUGGGGCAACAUAUUCUUACGCAAAGCAAUUUACCUAUACCCUCCCCCCCCUCCUUACCCCCAAACGCCUCAAAAGUCAGCUAACUGGCCACUUAGUCAGCACAAAACGAAAAACAAAUAACAAGGACAAAAAUUAAAAAGAGCCAAAUUUUCAGGACCGGAGUCGGUUUCUUUGAGGUUCGCACAGUUUCUAGUAGUUAUAUUUGAAUGGAUUACGCGAAAAGGGAUUUUCUUGUCCUUUCAGGUAUUGUAUCAUUUUUAGUGUGUUUACAGUGCUUCAAAAAUUGCUUAUUUCAAUAUAGAUAUUUCUUAUUUCUUGCUUACAAAUAUUUUCUAUCGAACCGGCCAAGUUUAUAUUUAGCCAAAUUCGAAAAUAGUAUAGAGAAUGUUGCUGACUAACACUUGCCCAUACAAUGCACUCUCGCUUUAUUAACUUGCUUUGUUACAUCAGUAUAAAAACGUUCACCGGAUUAAUCGAAAUUCGAUAUUUACUUUAGAACACAGAAUGUUAUGAAAACGGUUGCAGUUUUAUGGAGUUUGUGUCAUUUUCGUGAUAGAGAAUCGGAAAGGAUAUAUUUUAGUAGACAUCAGAUUCCAGAAUAUGUAAAUACAAGAGGGCGGAUCAGAAUGAUAUGAUAUUGCUCUUAUACUGAAGGCGAAAGGGGGUAUAAUAUGUGGUGCGCACUUUCAAAAGUACAUUCCCUUUUUAUUCCGGACUUAAAGGGGUCAUAAAAGUGUACAGUUUAAUGGGUAUUAAAGUGUUCACUUCAAGAGUCCUAAAGUGAACACUUUAAAGGAGUCUUAAAGGGAACACUUUAAGGAUUAAGUUAUAGCAAACAUUAUGAUGAGAAGAUGGAAUCAUAAUGUCAUUUUAUUUCGAGGCAUUUCCCGUUUCUUAUCAGCAGUGUGCAGGCGGUGUUUCCCUGGCCAAUCAGGAGAUCGAACAUGUUUAGCGCUGUAUAAAAGACUUGUUAUGUGUUUCGCGCGGCCCCUCCAACUAUUACUAUCAGCCUGUACUAGUGACAUCCCUUUGACGCUUAGUUGAAAAUUUUUCCCACCACCUCCCCAGUCUCCGACCUGCCACCGUCUACAUCCUCUUAUAGUUUUAUCGUCUUUAGUUUGUCGCAAGUAAUGGCUAAUUUGUGGCGGAUUUUUGUCCCCACCUUUCCUGAAGAGAUGUUAAUUAGUUAGUUUUAUCAUUGGUUUCAAUUAAAAACGUCACGCUUGUGGCCUUUUAUCCCAAACAGCUGAGAUUCUUGCUCAAUACGUGUAUGCAAAGCUGAUGGGUAUUAAAAUCAUGUCAGCUUAAAGACGACUUCCAUAUUUGCGAAGCACUGUUGAAAAGGAGCUUUCUUUGGAAGUAUGUUACUGAGCUUUACUUUAAGUAUGCAAACGCAGACGUAUUAUUGGUCGUUAGGUUAAAGCCUUAUACACACCUAUAGAGAAACGUUCAACAUGAACACAACAGCAAGUGUAUCAAGUUCCCAAAGCUUCCCCAGUCUGAUAAACCCGGUAGCAGAAAAACUUGAGAAAACAGUUGCUUACACUCCGAUCGCUGUUCUUGCUUUGGCGGGAAAUUCUCUCAUCGGAAUAAUUGUCUGGAAAACUCCAACUUUAAGAAAACCAAUUAACCCAUUGAUCGUGAACAUGGCCAUGUCAGACUUGUUUUAUCCAAUAUUCCUGCUUCCUGUUCGGCUGGCGGAAUUGCACGUUGGCUCGUGCCUUAUUGGUGGUGCCCUUGGUCAGGCCUUGGGCAAGCUACACGUUUUCCUUGUAGAUGUCUCAUCGUUUGUAUCGAUUCAGAGCCUGAUUCUGAUAACAGUGGAUGGAUUCUGA